AUGCCCUACAACACCACCGCCAUCCCUCCGCGAAAGGAGCCCACCGGACAGACCCAGCUCCCCCUGUCUCGAGUAAAGAAGAUCAUUGCUCAAGACCCGGACGUUGCCCAGUGCUCCAACAAUGCCGCCUUUGUCAUCACCUGCGCGACUGAAAUGUUCAUCCAGCACCUCGCUGAGGCGGCGUUGAACCAGGCCAAGACGGAACGUAAGCCCCGGCGCAACAUACAGUACAAGGACGUCGCCAACGCCGUAGCACACCAGGACAACCUCGAGUUCCUCGAGGACGUCGCCCCCAAGACCAUCCCCUUCAAAAAGAUCCUGGCCGCCUCGCGCGAGGCGCAAUCCCGCGUGCGCGGCGACAAGGCGACAGCCGCCGCCGCCGACGAAGAAGACACCCACGCGCCAGCGGCCUCCACCUCCUCUGGCGGUGCCCACCGCCGCCGCUCCCACCCUCACGCCAACGGCUCCGCCGCCGACAACGGCAACGGAAAGGCAGCCCACGGCCCCGGCGCGGCCUUCAGCGUGGCCCUGCGCGACGAUAGGGCGCAUGCCCAAGCCGAUGACCCCAACGAGCAGCUGGAGAUGGAGAUGCGGCAGGCGGCUGGCGCGAGAGCCCGUGACGGAGACGUGCACAUGUCCGGGUAG